CAGCACUGUCAGCGUUUUCGUGCCGCGAACGCGUUCCCAGUCGGUGUGCCACAUUCCCGCACUCUGGUCAUCGCUAUCGGAUAUACUAAUUCCAACUCGGACCACAAGUCCUUUCUCAAACUCAGGAAGGGUGCGUAUACGAUGACUGAAUUUGGGAAACUGCCGACGAUAGUCAACGACCGAGCAUUCGAGCAUGAUAAGGCGUUGGCGCAUAUCGAGGCGUUUGAGCAGGCGUCGUCCUCAGAGCGAGACACGACGGAACUCUUCAAGAAUCUCGAUCACCUACGACGAAUGCAGAUUGAUAUAGCAUUGGAGCAUCUGGCACUCGGAAAGCAGUCAAGCGAACGGCUAUCGGCGCUGGACGUCAACCCUGAUGAAGACUCGACGCGGCGGUAUAAGCGCAACGCGGAGCGUUUCGCCAAACGGGAAGCUGAAGUCAACGGUUUGAUGUCGCGGCUUGAGGAGCUCAGCGAAUCAAUGCGCAACUUUCAUGACUCGAUGGACCUCCUGCGCGCUGGCGCGUCAGGCAAUCCGACGAGUGCCGCCCCUAGCGGUACCACUGCCGCCGGUGCUGCUGGUGGCACGGGUACCGCCCGCGCUGAUACGGACGGUUCGCCUCGUGGCGGUGUUUAAUCAUACCCCUCGACGCAGAGAAUUUGCGCUUUGAUGUGGAAUCCGGCGUGGAUGCGUCCGGAAUUUUUGGAGAACUGAGAGAUCAUGAUUCACGAUUCGCUCGCACAUAGGCGUAUGACUGGGUGGAUGACAUGGGUCCAUGCCCUUUAGAAGAAUUUCUAUUUGACGUUGCUUACGUAUGGGGCCAGUUUCAUGAAGCACCAAAACUGGGCUAAUGCGCUCAACCAUGAUUAUGGCGGAUGAUGGUUGACAAUAGGGGACGAUGUGGGUUCAACUCAAGUAAUCUACGGACAAUACUGGUAUAUGAACUUGACGCCAUAAAGUCAAUUCCACAAAUGCAAAAAGAAC